AUUAUUGUGAUUUUUUUUCUAAACGAGACAGAUUUGAUGGGAACUACUUUUUACUCCGCCUGCAAGCGUGUAGAGACUUAAUGCGCAGGCGCGAAAGAAAAAAAAUAUGUCAAGCAUGGAGCUAUUUCAUCUUUCAUCAUAGUAGCUCUUAACCCUUCUAUGUAGAAAUGGGGUUCAACCGACCCCACACAUGUAAAACUUGUAUUAUUUGCCAUAGUCCUCUACGUUUGCCUCAGUCCUCGCACGCACAAGGGUUAAUUAAACAAGGAUUUAUUUCAGUAGGGUUACUACGACAAAGACAAACGUAUCAGGGUCACUGUACAAAAAAAGGAGGCGUAAACUUCCGCCAAAAGACUCAGAUAUUUUAUCAAUAUUAAUAUCAGGAAUUUUCUAGGGGAAAAAAACAAAACAAGGACAUUUCUGAGUUUGAGAAGUCGAAAAUUAGCAAGAAAGAAACUCAGCCGUUUUUUAAGCUCACAGGUUUAGCAGUCAUGAGGCCUUGGUGUGGCUGGUGAACCUAAACUUAGCUUUCGAGUUUGGUCAGAUACACAUAUUCAUUAUUUAACAAGGAGGACGGUGGCUUGUCUGAUGGUAAAAAAACAAAAUGCAAUAUUUUUUAUUACUGUACGUUCAUUUCAGUUGUAGGGGGACAAUUAAAGUAUAACUCACUGCACUAUAAAAACCAAAAACAGGUCUAAUUCUUAGCCUAUAAAAUAGUUUCCUGAAUAAUAAUAGUAAUAUAAUUAUAUUACAGCAUCAACUGGUGAAAAAUACAGCAGGAAACCGCAUCGUAAGAAAACAAACUAUAAUGUUUAAACUAUCAUUUUAACAAGAAUCGGCUUUUACUUCGACAGACAGGUAACAAGUUCUUUAUGGCUGAAGCUGUUCGUUUGUCAAGUGUACCUGCAAAUGUGUUUGGUUUUUUUUUUUCAGAAUUGCUGUUUGCAAUAGCCACAUACAUUCCACUUUGUUGCUAUGUAGAAAGCAAUCAGAUCCACAUGUUAUCUCAAGAAAUCCAUUAAGUAACUCUCAACUAAAUCCCCUGCAGUAAAAACUGAGCAGGUCAGAUGUAAAACGGAUCUUCUCUCUACGAAAAUGUAGCUUAUCGGUCAUCUUUACAGCAGCCUAGAUUCCCACACAUAUCCCAAAUCACCAAAGCGACAUCCGUUUGGUGAAAGCACAUGAUGAUUUCCAAAGAUAACAAGAGGCAUUUACGCAGGAAUCGCCCAGGGGGAGAGGGAGGGGGGGGGUCAGUGGAGGCUGUAUAAAUAGAGGCUGCUGAGGACGGAUGUUGUGUCAAUUUGAACAACAUGAAACCGUCACUCCAGCUCGGCGUUCUGCUCUGCUGCCUGUUAUGUGCCGCAAGCCUUCAGGCUGAGGAGAGCAGGAAUUCCAUGCGACUUUGUGGCCGGGCUCUUGUGCGAGCGUUGGUGUUCACCUGCGGAGGGUCCAGGUGGAGAAGACAACUGGAGGAGGAGGAGAAGGGGUUUCUGCCAGACGACUUCUGGGAAGUCAAAGGAGAAGAACGAGACUUUGUGAAGUCAGGAGAACUUCCAGGGAUGGACUAUCAUCGCAGGGACCAGGACCAGGCCUUGAUAACAACGUGCUGUCAACAAGGCUGCCGAAGAAAUGAGCUGUCCAUGCUGUGCUAGAGGGGAAGCUCGUCUGUCAAAUACUGUCCUUCUAUGUUUAAAUAUUUCAGUCACUAGUGUAUCCAUAAUGUUGUGAUUUACCAUGUAGGCACGAAUAAAAGGCAUCAUGAAUGUU